GCUGCGAAUGUAUCACUCCCAUUUUGGUAGAACGGGUCCUGGAGCGAGGCUUGGAAAUCAUCUUGACUUCUAAAACUUCUGGAUCUCAUGGCAUAUUUUACAGCCAUGUUUGGUGCUGCAAUUCUUUUGGGAUUCAUCAACCUUUUAAUGGCAAAAGAAGAUACGUGUGAUCUCUAUGCCACUCCUGGGCAGAGUCUGACUCUGCCGCUUGCAUAUGAACGACUGACAAACUCUCAUAUCCUGAGAUGGAUUCACAACAAUACAGUCAUUUUCUACAGGCAAGGAAAAGUGUCAACUGGAAAACCAGAGGACAUUACUUCAAAUGGAUCACUCGUGCUUAAGAAAAUUCUGUUUUCAAGUCAAGGGAUUUACAAAGGACAUGUACUGCAUCCCAAUAAUACAUCUGCUAAAACAUGGACUGGGCGUCUCUGCGUGCUGGACAAAGUAUCAAAACCUCAGCUCAGUUAUUCUUGUGACUUCAGCUCUAUGGCUAUUAAUCUUAAUUGCCAUGUUACUAAACCUGAGGGUUUGGUGUUUUCAUGGACGCUUGAUAAGGAGACAUUAAAAAGUGAAACAAAACAAACACUGAGCAUAUCUUUUAUCGAUCUGAAAGCUGAGAGAAGUUUCACAUGUGAUGUGGCAAACAAAAUCAGCAAGGCGAGUAGCGACAAGGUUCGGCCGACUUGUCCACCUUUACUUUCUUUUAAACGUCAAACUGUAAUGGCAGUCCUAGCAGGAGGAGGAGGUCUGAUUCUUUUUCUGCUCUUCGUUAUCGUUGGAUUGUGCUGUUUACUCAGACGCAACAAAAGCCAAACGAGUCCCAGGGAUAAAGGCGAACUGAGGAUGCUUUCUCUACAGAAGCAGGAGACUCACUCUGUAAGUCCAGAACACAAGAAUAACCACCCAACAGAGGUUGUCACUCCACCGCUGAUACCUCAGCCUUCACCAAGAACAUAUUACCAGAAUGUUCCUCAGCUUGAAGUUCAGACUGAAAACAGCCCUUCACUCAUGUAUGAAGUUCCUGACAGACCACAGCCUUCACCUGUACCGAAACCAAGGACCAGGAACCUCCAACAAGUAAACACCUGACAUCACAAUGAGUUUUUGGAGUGGUGACCAAAAAUAGUGUUUGUGGAAAAUGUCCUUAUUAUCUUUGCCCACACUCGUUCUUACUAUUUGGUUUUGCAGGUCUUUAAGCUAAAACUUAAAAUAACAAAAUAUUUAUUUCCUUUUCAAUUCAAUGUUAUGUGAUUAAAUCAAAGUGUCAUUACUGACAGUCUUAGCUGUUAUAUCACGAAUGAUCUAAUUCCAGAGGUAAUUCAGUCUGACGAUGUAAGCAACUAGUCAUAAUUGAUAUCAUAGAAAUGAUGCAUAAUGCUUGUAAUAUUCUGUAAUUCUCCUGCUGUUAGGCACUCUCACGAAAAGGUACUUCAAGCUUACUAAAUCAUUUUAGAAUUUUUUUUUUUAGAUUUAUCAAACAGAAGUGAACUGUUGGGACUUACACGGUAUUUAUGUAUGUAUUUUUCUUUAGCAACGCAGGAAUAGCAACUGUUCUAUUAAUAGAUCUAGGACAAAAGUGGUUUAUAUCAGCAUUAGGCUACACAGACAGUAACUACUAGCAUAAAUUCAUCCACUGGUUUUAUCUUUGAAAUGAGGAGAACAUUGCCAUAAGCUGUGGCAUGAGAUUUAUUAUUAUUAGGCUUUCAACAAGAAGAAUGACCUGUUCUGUCAAAGAAAUGACCAGUCACCAUUUGACCUACUUCUGAAAUCGUUUAAAAAAAUAAAAAGGAUACCCCACUUACACAACACUCUUACAUGAAAGCAGAUGGAUUUUCUGUUACAUGUAAUCAUAAUGUGCGCUUACAAACUGUAUGUGUUGUUUGAAAUAAAUAAAGCUGUCAAAAUGAUCUUUGCAUGGAAAACUACACUAAACAGCUUAUCUGUGUCAAACACAGCCCUUUGUCGCAGCUUCUUACAUGUCAGCAUUCUUGCACUUAUUAAAAUUUGCUUGCUUGCAAGAAGUUAUUAAAGGGAGAAAAAAAUCAAUAGAGAAAUGGAUUAGCUAAGGCAAAUAUCUAUUAUCGCCAACGGGUAAAUGGUAAUCCACACAUGAAAGUGUUUGCUGUCUCGCCUAAUGCUGUGUGACAGCCACAUAAUGGAAUCCCCCUGAGCGUCACUGCCUAAAACUUACAAACCAAUGUCAUCUUUUGUCAGGUCCCGCUCCACUCCUGCUUUCUAUACAUGGCAAAAAAAUUCAGUCCAGCUGAAUUUGCUCGUAAAGCUGGUAUCUGCUCCUAGAACAAUGCCCCUUUUUUCUCCAUUUCCCAAGAAACAUUGAGUCUUGGCUGGCAACUCGCCACAUUCAGUCACCAGCUUAAACCGUGCACAACAUACAUAGAUGGAGAUGAACAUCUCAUAUGUCUAUUCCAGGUCUACCCUAGAAGUGGAAGGGAAAUACGUCUACUGUAAAUUAUGCUUAAUCAGUGGUUCUUGGAGUUUAAAGGAUACACCGUUUUGAUCUUGGUGUGUGUGUGUGUCCAGGAAAAGGGUCAAUUACCCUUGGAAAGUAUCGUGUCAAAUCAUUUCUGCCAAGUCUAAGGAAAUCAGAACAUCAAAAGUCAGCCAGUGCAAUGGCGUUUUUCAUCAGAUUUUUCUGAAAACACAAACAUUAGCCUUCUGUUACCAUUUUCUCUCACUUUGACCUCCGUCCAUUACUGACACGUAAAGUAUACAACACAUCGAGCGAGCUGAAAUCACAGUCUUUCAAAUCAAGCUCCAAUUUAUUGAAAAGGAAACAUGGCCAAUUACUCUUAGAAAAAGAAACCCUCAAAGUGACUCACUGCCUUUAAAAAUCAUUCAUCGUGUAAAGUAAGUAGAAACUGUAGUUCGUGGUCUUGCUGUAUACAUAAGAGAAAAGUGCUGUUAAAUUCUUUAUUCGAAUGUCUCAUUAAAAAUCAGAUUUACAGAAUCUGUCAGCGCACCAGUCCUAUUGAUGUUAUUCUUCUCCAUCUGUGCACCUCACACUUUCGCUCCCCCACGCAGCACAUGCAGUCUGCUGGCUGUCUCUGCACAGUCUGUGGGUGAGUGCAACACAAUCUUACAAAUUUGCUGAGAGAUCUGGCAGAACUGAUUUUAUUUUUCUAUGAAAGUAGAAUACUUUCCAGACUUCAGCAAGCUCAAAUACACUGCAUGUCAAAGAACUACUCAGUGUACACUGUGUUUCUAACCAGCUCUGACAUUUCUCGCUAAAAGAUUAUGUCUUUAAAGGGAAAUUAACCUUUUCAUCUGAAUAUGAUGUUGGCUGCAUUAAGCAAUAAUCCUUCACUGGUUUGCACCAGGUGGUGUGUGGCUCCUUGCAACGUUCUUGUAAAAACUAGUUAGAAAAACGUGUCUUAAUCAUUUUGGUUACCUGAAAACUAAAGAAUGUUUUAAGAAGAAAGACUUCUGCAAGUUUCAGGAGGCUGUCUAAUCAAAGGCAAUUCACAAAUCACUGUAGCAUGACAAAAUUCCAAAAACAACUUGUCAUUGGAGGCAAAAUAGUUCACAGACACGCAUAAAGGUCUAGUUUUUUUUUUUCUUUUUGGUGAAUUUGGGCUAUAGGUUAGACAAAACAAAAUAAAACACUGGAAGUAGCACUGCAUAGCAUCCCCUUGUCUUUUAACAACAGUCCUUAACACCUGAGUUUGGAGUUCAGGUGUUUGAUUUCGUUGGAGAGGAAUGUUGUCC